AACAACAGUGAAGUCUUCUCCGAAUGUAGAAAGGAUUAUUCCGUUGUCCGUACUCCCAGAGUUCCAGUUCCAGUUCCAACCUUCAUUGGGUGCCUGUUAAAUCUCAUCACGUGCAAUCAUCACAGCUGGAGUUGGCCAGGGAGAGCAAUUUUGGAAGGAAAACUCUCUCUCUGCAUCUUUCUCUCCAUCUCCAGAUCCACCAGUGAAUUCUCUUUUCAGACAGUGAUGCAUUGUUUCGUUUGAUGAUCUAACGACGCUUUCUUUGUUAAUUCCAUUGAUAUCUCGCUGAUCCAAAACCCUAACAUGUUUUCUUCUUCGCCACUCCUGUUUAUGGUGAAAAGAAAGAGCAAUUGACCGAAAAACAAAUUGCAAGAUCGAUAGGAAUUUCUAUCUGGUUGAGUUCACUGCGAUUUUUGUUUUUCUUGGUAGCUUCCUUUAUCUACAGUAUGAAAGAAGGAAAAUCGGUUAAAUUUAAUCUUCAGCAGCAGAACGAUCGUGUCUCUCCGUUUAAACUCGCCAAAUUGUUAGAUCCCGAAGCUUCGUGGGACAAGGAUCAAUUGGGCGAUGCUUUACAUUGGAUCCGGCAAGUUAUUGGCCUUGUAUGUGGGUUGCUGUGGGGUGCUGUCCCUUUCGUUGGUGCCAUUUGGAUUGUCGUAUUUCUGAUGCUGUCCUCGGGAAUUAUUUAUGGGUACUACUCAAUAAUCCUAAAAAUUGAUGAGGAGGAUUUUGGAGGUCACGGAGCCCUCCUUCAGGAAGGACUUUUUGCAUCAGUUACUCUGUUUCUACUUGUUUGGACUCUAGUAUACAGCUUAGCUCAUUUCUGAUUGGUCGUUUACACUGAUGUGCCAAACGCAUCCAUACUGGAUUUUCCUAUCUCAUUUAGUCUUCUCUUUUUUCAUAUUCUGGAGCAACAGUUGGCACAAUUUUCUCAAUUAAGUGAACCACCAUUGGUUAUCCCCACACAAGAAAGGGAGAUUAAGUCUUACCAAUUAUGAGGAUCAGUGCAUGUCAUGGUGCCGUACUGGCAUGGUGCAGGGAGCUAUGUAAUUGUGCAGCUUGUACGGUUACAAGAAAAAUGGAAUCUAGGAUGGUGAGUUUCAUGUAGCCUACUUUUUUUUUUUAUUUAAGUCAUAAGUUUGUUUUUGGUAGUGAAAUUUGUUAUUUAGCAAAGCUUGACAACACCUUGGAGGCUGGAAUGAAACAAAAUGUCUCAUUACUGGA